UUCAGGGAGCAACAAUGAAGCUCAGACUUUCCUUUCUCGCGGCGGUCAGGUCAUUGUGAGAAUGAGAGGUCUUCCUUACGAUUGCACAGCUAAACAAGUGUUGGAAUUCUUCGCCGGUGGAGAUAACCCUUGUGAUGUCCUCGAUAGCGAGGAAGGUGUUUUGUUUGUGAGAAAGGCCGAUGGACGAGCGACAGGAGAUGCAUUCGUGCUCUUCGAGUCCGAGGGUAUGGCAUCACGUGCUCUCCAGAAGCAUCGAGAGUUGAUUGGCUCGCGUUACAUCGAAUUGUUUCGUAGCACUACAGCCGAGGUACAACAGGUUCUGAAUCGCAGCAUGGACCCUCGGACUUACGAACAACAGCAACCACUGAUAGCUAACAUUCCCCAAGUCCCCUUGCUUCCCCAGCAGCUACUUCCGUCUGGUUCUAGGAAAGACUGUAUACGUCUUCGGGGAUUACCAUACGAGGCCCAGGUGGAACACAUCCUUGAAUUCUUAGGGGACCAUUCCAAAAAUAUUGUUUUCCAGGGUGUCCAUAUGGUUUACAAUGCUCAAGGUCAGCCGUCUGGAGAGUCUUUUAUUCAGAUGGAUUCAGAACACUCGGCUUAUUUAGCAGCACAGCAGCGCCACCAUCGCUACAUGAUUUUCGGUAAGAAACAGCGUUACGUAGAAGUCUUCCAGUGUUCGGUGGACGAUAUGAACCUCGUUCUUACUGGAGGCAUUCCUGUCCAGAGACAACUUAUUUCACCAGGAGGACCAAUAUUACCGCCACCUUACGGAACUUACCCUUAUGUGCAGACGUCUCCAGUGUUGCCGACAGUGGCUCCACUAACGCCACGUGUGCCCACCUAUUACCCGCAGAUUUUGUAUUGGCCUUAUCCGAGUCCUCCUGUGUCGCCAACUACAUAUUACAAUCAUACUGGACCUACCAUGUUAACUUCUGAUUGUAUCCAGCUUCAGCGUAAUACAGACGGACGGCCAAAUGGUGAGGCCUUAGUUACGUUCUCUUCGCGAGCAGAAGCAGAACGCGCCAUCCAGGAAAAAAAUCGUCAAAAUAUCGGAAACCGCUACAUUGAGCUUUUCAUGGCUUGAAAUGAUAGAAGAAGAAAAAACAAAAGAAACCGUCGCUAUUGAUGGCGAUUUAAAGCAAUAUAUAUAUAUAUAUAUGUAUCGUUUAAAAUCCAAAUUUAGCUGUGAAGACAGUAUAAGUGAAUUGUUAAAACUUCUAAACUUAAGUUUUGCUCGGCAAGCAAGAGCGUGAGUAUGUUAGUUUGCGUCUUUGUUAGUGAUGUAAAGUACAACUACAAGAUUAGGCCUAUCUAUUCGGUUCUUGCAAAGACAACAAAAUCCGCGAUGUCUUCCGUUCGACGUUCUUCGUUGUCAUGAAGAGAAACGUUUGUAUAGCUAUUUGUUGUAUUUUUAAUACAUGUUAACUUGUGUACUGUUUCAAGUGUAUUGAGACGUUUUUGGAUGAAGUACUGAUAAACUUUUCUAAAGAUUUUCUUAUUAAGCGAUAUAGAUAGUUUCAAACUCUUAUUAAAUUUUUAUUUUAUGUUACGUCAUUUAUAAUCUUGUGUUCCAAAUGUCGUUUCAUAGAAGUUAUUUUUAUGAAACAACGACAACAAAAAAUUGCAUUACUCAAUGUUAUCACGUGCAUUCCAAGUGCCUUAACGCAUCCUAUGUUGUGGAGUUUUAAAACUUUUUUGUUGUUCAAUUUGUCGAAGCUCUAGUUUUAAUCGACUGAGCAGCUAUCAAUAACAAAUUUAUGUUUGACAAUUAAAUUAGAUCGUUGCUGUUUUUAUUUUUAAGCGUGUUUUUUUUUUAAUGUAUAAUAUAUUAAUUAGUGAGUAUUUGAUUUGACAGUGUGGCACGAUUUUAAAUUGUAUUAUCUGUUCGUAACUAUUAGUUCUACCAUGUAUAUUGUACUAGGUAAUACUGUUUAUUAGCUUAAACGGACAUAGCAAUAUAAUUUUAUGUGCUGAUAUUCUACACAACUUGUUUCAGACUCGGAGAUUGUGACGAUUUGGUUGUAUCAAUUCUUUGACAGUGGAAUUACCUUUUGUGUUUUUGAACUGUGUUUCGAAUAUUUUGUGUAUAAACUACAGUUACAUGAUAUAAUGAAUGUACGUAAAUUUUUGUACUUUGUUCGCCUUACCUACUGGGUAAGAGAAAUCUGAAAUAUUAAACAAUAAAUAUCCAUUAAUAAAAUUUAAAAAAGAAUCAAGAAUUUUACAUAAUAUUUGUACUGUUUCUUUUUAAAUAUUCAUUGUAGCCGCAGUUUGACAGAGUAAAGGUUAAGUUUGAAAUUAGAACGAGUAUAUACUUGAAAUGUACUUAGAAAUUUAUUGUAAUGUCUUUUUUUGUGUGUGUGAAGUUUUUCAUGCUGAUUUAGAAAGACUUGUUUAUUCUAUAAACCCUAUACCCGUUCCUUCCAACUUUUGACAAAACUGUAUCAAUCCAACCCUACCGAAUGAGAUUGAAAUAUUUCAGUUCUUGUUGUAGUUUAUUUUACUAAAUAAGCAUAAAUAAUUCUCUAGUUCAGUGAGAAGUUCUAUUUGGCAAUAUUAUUAAUUAUUUAGUGCUUUUAAUUAUUAUUUGUUCGCAAUACGGAUCAAACAAGUGGAUUAUGAUUAGUUUACACCUAGUCUUUGAUAUAAAUAUUCAACAGUUCACCUAUGCCAUAGAUUUUUCGGAAUGAACUGGUAGAAAAUGAAAAGCUAGCUCUGUGGGUUGUGUAUUUUAAAAUUUACAUACAAAAUACUUGUUGAAGCUAAAUAAACCCGUUCUUGUAGUAAAAAUCUAAGUGCCUAUAGAAGUAGAAAGAAAUUAAGAUAUUUGUAUAUUUUUGAAAGAAUUUUGAAUUUCUUGUAUUCUUCUACAAUAAAUACCUUGCAUUAA